CUCCACCACCAUCUACCAAUCCACCUCGAUGUCCCACUCUCUUCCCCUACUCUGCAAUUUAUUUUCAAUUCACCUCAUCGAGCCCCUCGACCUCUUCGACCUCCGCCAAUGUCGUUAUCCACCACGUUUCAAAUCCUUCAUUUCCAAUAACCAAAUACCAAAAGAAUUUUUUAUUGUUACGGCAUAUGUAUAUGAUAUGUAGGAAGUAGAUGUAGUACCCUGCAGUAUGUAUCUUUUGUCAACAAAUUGAUGGUGUCCUCUUUGAAUUUUUAUUUCCUAAUGAAAAUCCUCCAUAAAAUAAUAAAAAACGAAAGAUAUGGAUAAUGAGGCUCCUAGAAUUAUAUGAUUUUUUCUUCUUGUUUGUACGCUGAUGUAUUAGCUGGAGUUUUGAGGUUAAUCAUCUUUCGAGUGAUAAAACAAAGUGCUCCGAAAAGCAGCUGUUCCUUGUUGUUUGUUGCUUGUCUUUCGUCCAUAUGGAUAACAGCACUCCUGUCAUUUAUGGCUUGGAAUUUCAGGCACGAGCUCUAUCAGCCCAAAAUGCUGAAACUGACAUAGUUCGAUUCCUGGUUGGAACCCAGUCGUUGAAAUUGGCAAAUAACCAAGUACACUUGGUAGAAUUGAACGAUGAAACUAACACACUAAGAACUCAAAUUUAUCAUCAUGCAAUUGGGGAAAUAUGGUCUUUGGAAGCAUCCACAACAGAUCCAGCCAAAUUCAUUACUUCUUACAAUACUUUAAAUGAAGAGGGUAUGUGUGUAAUGAAAGGUGCCCUAUGGGGACUCUCAGAUUUCGGUGACUUCGGUGAUGAUGCAGAAAAGAAUUUAGUUAAAUUAGGGGAUAUCGAUACUACCCCUUAUGGAAAUGAAUUAAAAACGAUAAUCUAUCACCCAAUGGAUGGUGCGAAAGCAGUGGCAGUGGUCGAUAACAAGUUCGCUCUUGUGACUCUUGAUGAGGCUUCCCCUCAGUUUUCUACCGUUGGUACACUGGCAGGCAAAGGACAGCCUCGAUUCACAACGGGUAAAUGGAAUCCACAUAAUGGAGUUAAUCAACUUGUAACACUCAAUGAGAAUAAUGUGAGGGGUUGGGAUUUAAGAUGUCCAUCGGAGGAAGCUUGGACCAUUCUGUCAGCUCAUUCUCAAAUAAUAAGAGAUUUAGAUUUCAACAUAAAUAAGCAGUACAUCUUAGCAACUUGCGGAGAUGAUGGAUACAUGAAAUUCUGGGAUAUAAGAAGCCCCAAUGAACCAGUGAUUUGCCGGAUGGAACAUUCACAUUGGGUAUGGAAGAUUCGGAUAAACCGCUUUCACGAUCAGCUCGUAUUGACAUCGAGCAGUGAUUCUCGUGUUAUUUUAUCGAGCAUUCCUUCAGUAUCGUCAGAGCCAUAUGGCCACAUGGUCAAUGAUGACGCGGCAAUAACCACCACUAUCGAAGAAUCAGUGAAUGAUAAAAAGUUAGACGAUGGAGUAAUUGGAAAAUACGAAGAACAUGAAGAUAGUGUCUACGCUGCUGAGUGGUCAUCAGCAGAUCCUUGGACUUUUGCAUCACUAAGUUACGAUGGAAGAUUAGUUAUUAAUAAAGUACCACGUAAAUAUAAAUAUAAAAUACUUUUAUAAAUUCAACUAAAUAAAUCAUUAAUUUUCUUCCACAUCUA